CCUGGGAGGACACCACCCCCCGGGGCUGGGGUGGGGACACCCACGUGCAGCCACCACGUUUUCCUUGCGGGUCGGUGGGGGGAGGAGAGAGGGUUUGGGGUCAGCAGCCGUUCCCGGGACCAGUAUUGAGAACGCACAGGGAGAGGUGGUAGCGGAACCUUUCUCCUCCGCUUCGCUCUCGCUUCCCCCCGAACCCAGUUGGCGUCGGACCCAGGAGUGGAGGCUUAUAAACAUGGGGACGACCGGUGCGGGGCCUGGACCGCCGUCCGCUGGUCUCGACACUCCGGGAUCCACAGACGAUCGGCUUUUCCUGGUGAAAGGUGGAGUUUUCCUUGGUGCUGUGGCUGCAGCAGGAAUGCUAGCCGGGUUUGUUACAACAUUAUCAUUGGCUAAAAAGAAGAGCCCUGAAUGGUUCAAUAAGGGAAGGAUGGCCACAGCCGCCUUACCAGAGAGCGGGUCUUGCCUUGCCUUGCGAGCCCUGGCUUGGGGCUCACUUUACGCGUGGUGUGGGGUUGGUGUGAUCAGCUUCGCAGUCUGGAAAGCUUUAGGAGUUCACAGUAUGAAAGACUUUCGAAUGAAACUGCAAUCAGUAUUUCCAGCAAUUCCCAAGAACUCCGAAUCUUCUCUUGAGUGGGAGGAAAUGUUGAAAUCCAAAUGAGAUGAGCAUGGUGGGGAAAGUCUAAAACUGUCAUGGCAAGGGUAGCUUUGGAGAUGCCACAGAAGCAAAGGGACUCCCCUGAUUUGUCAUCAGCAACAUGUGCAUUGGUGACUGAACCCACAGGAUGGAUGGCGUUCAGUGUCCACACAGGAGGCCCACAGUCUGUGUGCUUUACUUUAACAUUGAUGUGGGCGUGUGUGUGUAUUAAGGUUUUCCCCAAAUUAGGAAGAUCCUUUCAAAAUAAUUAUAUGGAUAACUUUUUGGUGGAGAAAGAUCCUAAGGGAAAUACUUCUGUUAAUAACAGCUAAAACCAAGUUUUGUACCUGAAAAAAGAAUGUAUAAUAACAGACGAUGGAAAAUCUUUAUAGACAAACUCCUACCAGCACUAGUACCUCAAUGUGUCUAAUUAAAUGAGUUUCCACAGCCUUUUUUGUUAGUAUGUGAUUGUCAGGACAUGGAAGGCUCACUCCUAUUAGGCCAGCUCCACAGUGACAGGUGAACGGGGAAACCCUGUCUGUCAGGCCCCAGCGCAUGUGUCCUGUUGUCCUGAAUACAGCCCUGGAUUUGCUCCUGCUUGUCAGUUAGCUGAUGAGCUCACCUCAAGGCCCUGGAAAUUCUCAGACAUAGAGAAGAAGAAACCAGUAACAGAUUAUGCUAACCUGAAAAGGUAGUCAUCUAAAAUAAUAAUGAUAUAGUGGAUAUAAAACAUACUUUUUUGAGAAGUUGGUUCUGUGUCCCCUAAACAUUGACUAAUAGUCUGUAGUUUUAUCUCAAUUGUUAAUGUAAAAAUAGGCCAGUUAUCACCUAUCUUAACAAAUAUUUUUAACCAGAAAGUUACCUAGGUAUUGAGUCUCAAUAUUAAGUAGUUAGUACUGCCGCCUCAUGGCUUCUUACACAUAGGCCCAGCCCUUUUCUGUCUUCCAUGAUAUCUUAGAGAAAACAGAGGAUAAUGCCUACAUGCAAUUAUUUUUACUAGAGAUGAAUAUUUUUUAAAGAAAGUAAUAUGUCAGUAUAUCCCAAAAAUAUGGUUGGAUAUCAGUAGUGCAAUUUCUUUAUAAUUACUUAGGCUCUAAUUAGCAAUCAGGUUUAAUAAAGUACAUUUGAAAUUUUUGUUAUAAUGAAACCUUUUAGUUCUAAGGAAAAUUUUUAAAUGAAAUGUCAAGUGCAUAAUGUAACAUUUUUCUCUGGACCGCAUUACCCUGUUAAAGUUGCUGUGUUGUUAAUUAAUUAAACAGGUGUAAGCAGCAUGUGGGAUUCAUAUGUAACCUGUUAAAAAUCCAGGACUAAAAGGAAAGAACUGUGGAAUUUAUCAGGGCAUUUGGAGCAGCUAAAACUCUUCACCCAGCUUUCAUUUUUAACUAAAUCUCUGCUAAGAAAAGAUUUCUAGCCUCUGAAUGGGAGGAAGGAAGGAAAGGCAAGAGCCAAACUGAACAGGCUGUGCCCAUAUUACCGGCCUGAGUCUAGGAGCACGGUGGGUAUGCUCCAUUCCCACAGGCCUAGGAUAUGGGAGGCCUGAGGAAUGAAUGUUCGGACACGUACUUAUGUGGCAUGCCUCUUGUUUACAAACCCUCCUCAUAUAUGUCUGUUGUCCUUGAGGAAUGGCAAGGUGGCCCCAAAGAAUGAUCGUGAAUCACCUGCAGAGGGAAGGUUGACGGGGAUAGACUCCCUAGAAUACACCAGGCAUAGGCUGCAGUUGCAUUUUAAAAGCAGAAAUGAAGUAACACAGAUGAAAGUUUAAAGGAAAACAAGCAAUAUGACUGAAGUGGUAUUUUUCUACAGUCAAACCUCAGAAGAUUUAGUCAUUUGUCUAUUCCUUUUAUACCAGAGGCAUAUUGUUAAAUUGGUUAAUGGAAAGGAAAAAUGUUUAACAGAUAAUGUCAUGCUUUAUGUGAAGUACCAUCUGUGUAUUGAGUUCUGAAUGUUCCUGGAUAUGGAAGAGAGGAAAUGUUAUGGAAUUUCAAGUU